AUGAAACAGACAUCCUCCACAGGAAUAGACACCACCGCCAACACAACCACGAACACCAACAUCAGCACCAACACCAACAACAUAGACAACAAAAACAAAAUCAAUCACAACAGUUACAGCAGCAACGACCACCACCCCCACCACAACAGCAGCAGAAAAAGAAACAACAGCAGAAGCAGGUACAACAGCAACGACCACUACCCCCAAAAAAGCAGCAGAAAAAGAAACAACAGCAACAGCAGAAGCAGCGCUGAUGAAGGAGACGCAGCUGCCGUGCCAAGUGUCAGUGGCACAGGUGAAGCAAGGGGUGGGGAGGCAGCGAGGCUGGAUGACAGGGUCGAUGACUUCAGUGUUGCUGAGCAUGGCAGCGAUGACAGUGAGGAGGGCUCCCCUUCCAUGCUAGUGGGACUCACAUAUGAGUCCAUAAUGGCAACGCUGACGGAGUCUUUCCCGUGGAUCAAAGGACACAAUGGCCCUUCCUCGGAGUGUCCUGAGGGCAGGCAGAAUGGUGCUUCACCUGAACAGCAAGACACCUCCUUGCAGGCCCCCGAGGAUACCAACACACCGGAGAAUCUUGGUAGCCAGGUGGGCAAUCCCUCCACUGCUCCACAACACACUCAUACCAACGCCACGCCUGCCUCAGAAACACUCGCCCCUCACAGCCCUGCAAAAGACACAGCAGAGGCCACACGAAAAUUGACACACACAUUCUUGACCAGCAAGGAAAGCGAGAGAGCCGCUGCCUCACCUGCAAACACAUCAGCGGCACUCCACUCCACAUACGGACCCUCCCAGCCAGGAAGUGAACCUGAAAAGGCGAGGCAGCCUGGGGAGAACUUGGUCCGAGUUAUGCGACUAGGAAAUGUUAUAAAUGAAACCUCUGCCCCUGAAGCCACAGCUGGCCAGGAAGCCUCUCUCAGCCCCGCUAACUUGCCAGCACGACUAAGUGCCUGUCUGGCGCCCCGGUCACCCCCCUCCAUUCAGCCCCUACAAGGUUUCUCCGUUCCUUGCUCUUACCGUCCCUCCACACCAUGCAACUUCCCACAGCCAAGCAGCUCCUUAUCCUCACAUCCUGUCAUCCUCCUGUAUCCUUCCACCUCACAGUCUUCCCUGAGGCCCUCCACAUCACACCACGGCUCCAGCCCCUUGCUCUCCACCGGCCGCUCUUCCCUGCACUCACCCAGGCCCUCCUCUCCUCGUGACCAGUGCUUCUCCUUCCACACACCUCAUAACAGCUUCUCCCCACGCCCUGUGAGCCCCUGCAUCACUCACGCCCUCAGCCCAUGCAUUCCUUUAUCCAUCUGCUCCUCUCCACGCAUCACAGAGCCUCCCUCCGCACAUCCCGGCAAAUCUGCUGCCCUACAACCCUGUGGCUCCUCCUCCCUUGCCACGCUUAGUCCCUGCAUUUCACAGCACAGCCACCCUGCCACUCCACAGCCUCAUGACUCCUCUGCUCAAGGAAGCACCCCACGAUUUGUCUCCCUCUCCACCGUCACCCUGGACAGCUCAGUGGAGGUGCUGGAGGAAGAAAGCGACGGGGAGGUGGGGGUCGUGGUGGAAGGGGAGAAGAGUAGCGGCGAGCUGCAGAAACAAGGAUCAUCUGAGAUCUUCCUGGUUGACCUUACCUCACCGGCACGUGACCCUUCCUCUGACCCAAGCUGUGAUUCAGAUGACUUAACGGGCUAA